AAGGAGUGAGCGUUGUGGCUCUGGUGUAGGGGGGACCAUGGAGAUCUUCAGCAUUCAGCAGUUGGUAAGUGGCGAACGACAUGAGGGGAAAGGCAGAGGUUUCGAAGUGCUGGCAAGAAGCGCGGCCAGGGAUCCAGAGAGAUGGCGGUCAGGCCCGGCAGGCGUGUGGGAAGCAGUCAGCAAGGAAAGGCAGAGGGCAGAAGAUGCAAAGAAGAAAAAGCUUGAGACACUCAGCAAUUCCAGGCUGAAGCUAGACAGCCUGCAGGACUUGGAGGCGAUUGUCAAGCUUCGCAAGAAUAAGAAGAGGUUGAAGCAAGUGGUCCGCCCCAAAGAACGGGAGCCAGAAGUGAUUACAGAGCCUGUGGGUCCAGGGCAGUUUCUUCAAGCGGCACUGGAGAACCGGAUUCCUGUGAUUGAGAAAUACCUGGCAGAUGGAGGGGACCCCAACGCUCAUGACAAGUUCAGAUGUACAGCCCUGCACCGGGCCUGCUUGCGGGGCCAUGCAGAGAUCGUGGACAAGCUGCUGGAAGCUGGGGCCAAGCUGGAGCCGAGAGACAUGCUGGACGCGACCCCUGUGCUCUGGGCCUGUCGUGGGGGGCACCUGGAGAUCCUCAAGUGCUUGAUGGGCAGGGGAGCCAACAUCUCCACGCGGGACAAGCUGUGGAGCACCCCACUUCACGUGGCCGUCCGGACAGGGCACAGCGACUGCGCUGAGCACCUCAUUGCCUGCGGGGCAAACAUCAAUGCGCAAGACAAGGAAGGAGACACCCCCCUUCAUGAUGCAGUCAGGCUGGGACGCUUCAAGGCUGUGAAGACGCUGCUGAUGUACGGGGCAAACCUGGCCACCCAGAAUGAGGAGGCGGUAACUCCAGUGGACCUGGUGAAAGACUGGCAGAUGGGCAUCCGAGAGACACUGCAGGCCUGUGCCAACCGGCAGCGAGGCCCCCUCAGGAGCUGCUGAGAGUGGGGGAUCUUGGGUGGUGGGGUGCUGGCUCUGUGAGCUGACAUUCCACCUUACCCCUCUACUGGCUGGGGACCAACUCACUCCCCUUGCCCUUCAGCAGAUACGCCCCCCCACCCCAUUACGACUGUGCCAGCGAGGCACCAGGCACUUAUUUGGUACCCUCAGGCUGAGAGGUCGUCCCCAAGGCCUGUCCCCCGCCACUUGCUCUUUCUAGUGGAGCCUACAAACUCCCCCCCCCUCAUGGCUCUCUGUAGAGGCUGUCCCCCAAGGAGAAACUAAGGCACAAGAGUUGGCACUUGGAAACCUUGUGGCUGUGAUCUGGGGCAUGUGUGGGAAUGAUGGUCUCCCUUCAGAAACAGGAAAAUCUUCUGUCAUCUUUGGCCAUUGAGAAGGGUGGAGGAAAAAAAAGGCUUUUAUUACAGGGAGGUGGGUAGACGCACAGCCCCUUGGGGAACUCCCAAAGCAGCUCUAAUGCUGCGGCCAUGGUCCUGCUGCACAGGAACACCCAGGAGGUGGGCUGCAGGGCUAUUCAUAGAAUCAUAGAGUUGGAAGAGACCACAAGGGCCAUCCAGUCCAACCCCCUGCCAAGCAUUAGACAAAGGACAGGAUGGCACACCGGCCUCAUUCUGCUCCCAGAAGCUGGUUGUUAAUGGCAGCCGGCUCCCACUUCAGUGCUGGUGAUGGGCAACAUGCAAGCUUAGAGGGUGCAAGGCAGGCCAUGGGGCACAGAGCUUUUCUUCCAAUGCUCCACUUGGGCCUGUUCCAGGACAUUAGCAGCAGCAAUGGGUAAGCAGCACAGCGCAUUGAACUCACCUGCUGGAGAAGCCAGCCAGGGCGCUCGCAGGUGCUGAUGUGUUGAGGCAUGAGGAGGAGACAAAGUAGCCAGCCAGCCAGCCAGCCAGCCAGCCAGCCAGCCAGCCACCCCACCCCACCAGCUGGAAAGCAUUUCCACAGGGAGCUCAGGAGGAAUGUCUGGGGAGCUGCCACUCUUGUACUAUGCCCCCUCCCCUUCUACUGCCUAGACCACGCAUCCCCAAACUGUGGCCCUCCAGAUGCUUUGGCCUACAACUCCCAUGAUCCCUAGCUAAGAGGACCAGUGGUCAGGGAUGAUGGGAAUUGUAGCCCAAAACAUCUGGAGGGCCGAAGUUUGGGGAUGCCUGGCCUAGACAGCCUCCUCACUCUGCUGCAUGAUAGGGGGACAGAGAACUUGCGAUGGCUGCCCUUCCCCAGUGCCUUUCACUUCUCAACAGUUCUGUCAGGGCUGAGAGUCCAAGGAGGCCUUGGAGGAAAAGGCAGGCAGCUUCUGCCUUUCACAGAUCCUGGAGGCCACCUCUGGAGCUUAGUUGCAGCCCUCCUUGGUUCAAUGGUGAGGACUGGAAGCAAGUUCCUUGUAGACUAGGGAGCCAUGCCUGAGACACUUGGGCCACGGCUGGUUAUGAGCCAUACCUCUGCCGGCCUCCAAAAGCAGAAACAAGGAUCCUCUCUCAGCUGCCUUAAUUUCCCCAACUCUUUCCUGUCAAGCGUCACUGCGCCUGUUCCCUUGGGAGGUGCCUGGCACAUGCCACAAAGGGCAUGACCUCUUUGCUCCCAGCCCUUAAAAGGUGCCAGCGACUGCCUCCUCUUUGUCAUUCCCAGCCACUGCUGUGGUGCCACAUGCCUCUGGGCAUGGCCCUCAUUCCUUGUCUCUUGGAGAAGCAGGAUCUUGGCACUGCUGGUUCAGGCCAUGACCCCUCCCCCCUCCAACCAAAACAUAAUCCUCAAAAUAUUUAUUCUCUGAUGCAAAAUGGAUCUCAAGUGCUGCAGGUUCCAGAGAGUUUGCACACUGGAGUGUGCAGAGCAGCUCCCUGACUCUGUCUGCUAACUGACCUUCACUGUGGAACUGGGUUUCACAUUCUGUAAACCUGACAUACGUACCUAUUGAUGGAAUUUUUCCAAGGUAAUCAGUAAGAGACCCAGAGCCAGGAUGGGCAUUGCCCUUCAGUGUCUGAUUACCACAAUGGUCUACCUUGUUGACCUUGCUGUCUGGUACAUGGGUCACACUGGACUCUGGAGAAUGAACUUUUAAUCCAUGUCUAUGCCCCUUCCAUGGGACGCGGGUGGCACUAUGGUCCAUACCAGAGAGCCUAGGGCUUGCUGAUCGGAAGGUUGGCAGUUCGAAUCCCGACGACGGGGUGAGCUCCCGUUGCUCAGUCCCAGCUCCUGCCAACCUAGCAGUUCGAAAGCACACCAAGUGCAAGUAGAUAAAUAGGUACCGCUCUGGCGGGAAGGUAAACAACGUUUCCGUGCACUGCUCUGGUUUGCCAGAAGUGGCUUAGUCAUGCUGGUCACAUGACCCGGAAGCUGUCUGCGGACAAACGCCGGCUCCCUCAGCCUAUAGAGCGAGAUGAGCGCGUAACCCCUGAGUCGUCUGCGACUGGACCUAACGGUCAGGAGUACCUUUACCUUUAUGCCCCUUCCAUUUUGCAGAGAAAAGUGCAGAGGGGAUUGGAGGAAAUUACUUGAAUGGAUCUCAACUCUUCUCAAGUUGAUCUUGAAUCUAAAUGUGUCAAAAACAAUGUUCUAGCCUCUACUUUUUUGGAGGGGAAUUUCUGACAAAUUCAAGCAGCUCUGGGCCAUCUGGAGGAUGCGCUCCCUUUGCCAAUCAGGUGGUGAAACUUUCUCCAAACCUGUUGACCUUGACAUUGUGAGAAGACAGCCCUCCUCUCCCCCACAGCUGGCAUGUCAAACAAGGCCCUACUUAAGGGACUGCGUGGGGCUGACCAUGGAUGGCUAAACCCCAGACACCCAAAUGGCUUGUGUUUGCUUUUUUGGAAUAUGAAACUGAUGCGAUUCCUCUUUGAACAAUAAUAAAACAUUGGAAGCCCUG